UUCGGUUUCCACCUUUAUAUUCUAUAACUAUAAUAAAUGCUGAACUAUCCUAUUUUUAAGCAUAAUAAUUAUAAUUAUUCUUCAUAUAUUAAUUCUUCAAGAAAAACACCACCCCAUCAAAUCAAAUCACCUAUUUUCCUGCUUUAUAUCAUUAUCCAAAGUCCAAACAAGCAGAUUAAUUAUCGUUUUUGAAUCUAAUACCCACUUGGUUACUUGUGAAUUUGAUCAGAAUUUUAUAGAUAAAUUCACAUGGGUUUUGAGAAAUCUUUGAGGCUCUUUCUCAUGUCUGAGGCUUGAAGUUUUGUGAUCAGCUUCUAAUUUAAGUGAUUUAGAAAUCGUCCCAUUGCCUAAUUUGGGCACUGCAGAAUUUUAGCAGUGCCCAUGGACGCCUCAAUGAGUGGAACCUCGAGUGUUCAAUACCAUAACAUUGCUGAACAACCAAUUGCUACUAUUGUAACCACCCCCGCGUCAACGUUUCAAAGACAAGUGCGGCACUGCUUUGGGAAUGCGACUCCUGGCGAAUUCCCAUUGUCAGCCAACCCGUCUAUCGUUCUUCAUGUACUUACUGGAUGUAAUUUGGAUCCACAAGACCUUGCAACUCUAGAGGCUACCUGCUCCUUCUUUCGGCUUCCUGCAAACUUUGCACCCGAUAAUGAGCUCUCCUUAGCAGAGCUGGCAGCUCUUGAUAUGUGCCGAAAGAGAGCUAUAUUUAAGCCAAUGACUCAGGAGCAACGUCAAGAUCUAAAGCAAAGAUGUGGCGGCUCCUGGAAGCUUGUUCUAAGAUUUCUGCUAGCCGGGGAAGCAUGUUCUAGGCGGGAAAAAUCACACGCUGUAGCUGGCCCCGGUCAUAGUAUUGCCGUGAGUUCAAUCGGAGUUGCCUACUCAUUUGGGUCUAACAGCUCAGGGCAGCUUGGAAAUGGAACUACAGAAGAGGAAUGGCGGCCUCAUCCGAUUAGAUCGCUUCAAGGCAUUCGCGUUAUUCAGGCCGCUGUAGGGGCUGGCCGGACUAUGCUGAUUAGUGACGCCGGGAGGGUGUAUGCUUUUGGCAAAGACUCGUUCGGCGAAGCUGAGUAUGGUGGCCAAGGAAAUAAAGUAGUGACUACUCCUCAGCUGGUAGAAUCUUUAAAAGACAUCUUUGUUGUACAAGCUGCGAUUGGGAAUUUCUUCACUGCCGUAUUAUCAAGAGAAGGAAGGGUUUAUACAUUCUCCUGGGGGAAUGAAACUAAACUUGGUCAUCAAACUGAACCAGCUGAUAUGGAACCCCGUGCAUUAUUAGGCGCAUUAGAGAAUAUUCCAGUCGUGCAAAUUGCAGCAGGAUAUUGCUACCUUCUUGCUCUGGCUUGUCAACCUAGUGGCAUGUCUGUGUAUUCUGUUGGUUGUGGAUUGGGUGGAAAGCUAGGUCACGGAGCGCGAACUGAUGAAAAGGUCCCAAGGUUAAUUGAACAAUUUCAGACGUUGAAUCUUCAACCUGCAGUUGUUGCGGCUGGGGCUUGGCAUGCCGCAGUUGUUGGGAAAGAUGGAAGAGUUUGUACAUGGGGUUGGGGCCGUUACGGGUGCUUGGGUCACGGUAAUGAAGAUUGUGAAGCAGCACCUAAGGUAGUGGAAGCACUAAGCAAUGUGAAGGCUAUUUAUGUUGCCACAGGGGAUUAUACGACCUUUGUGGUUUCUGAUGAAGGAAAUGUUUAUUCAUUUGGUUGUGGAGAAUCAUCUAGUCUAGGACAUAAUACUGCUGUAGCUGAAGAACAGGGUAACAGGCACUCAAAUGUUUUAUUCCCUGAGGUUGUAACAUCAUUGAAGCAGCUGAAUGAAAGAGUGGUGCAGAUAAGUCUCACUAAUUCAAUAUACUGGAAUGCCCAUACAUUUGCAUUGACAGAAACUGGUAAGCUUUAUGCAUUUGGCGCUGGCGAUAAAGGACAGCUAGGUGUGGAGCUCAGUGCCAACCAAACCGAAAGGGCAAUCCCGGAGCGGGUUGACAUUGAUCUCGGUUAAAUAUAGAUUAUUCUUGCUCUUUCACAUUAUCUAUACAUUGGUAGUUAUCAUUCUCAUUAACCUCAUCAUGGUCUAUAUCUGCUGUUUGCAUUUCCAUUCUGUAAAUAGAAACAAAUGAUUGUGAAGAAGCUUAGGUUUUUAGAAUCUGCACAAGUUAACCUCCUAAGAAUUUGUUGGCUCUUAGCCACAAGCAGUAAAUAGUUGAUACAUUCGUUAAUGUUGAUUUUACAAGUA